UUCCUUCCGCUUUGCUUUAACGCACCACAAGAAGGCACCAACUAGGUUCCAGUCAACAGUAGAGUACCUUACUGCUGCUGACAGAUUGAAGUCAUUUUAGCAAACGGACCCACCCCGUUAGAUUCUUAGAGGAUACGCACAAUCUUUCUGCGGUAGCAACAUAAUGUCGCGCCUUGAGGAUGCACUGUGCNUUCCUGGACGUCCGCACGGUGUUACUGUGCUUGGCUGUCCUUCUUGUUUUUCGAUGGUUCUUCGGGCAACCUAAGAAUCUCCCUCCUGGCCCCUGGGGAUUCCCACUCAUCGGCUCUAUUCCGGCCAUCGCACGUGGGAUGCGACGCGGCGUGCAACCCCACGAUCUCUUUAUGAGGUAUGCUGCCAAGUACGGGCCAAUGUUUCACAUUAGGGUCUUUAACAAGAUGGUGGUGGUCUUCAAUGACUACGCCUCCGUGAAGGAAGCUUUCCAGCAUCCUCAGCUGCAAGACAGACCUAAUAUGCUCCUUAAUGAUGUCUUCAAAGGCGAAGGAGUAGCAUCGGUAUCUGGCGCCAAGUGGACCGAUCUUCGACGAUUUUCUCUGACUGUUCUCAGAGGCCUCGGUGUGGGCAAAACGAGCUUCGAGGAGAAGAUCGGAGAGGAAGCUGAGGCACUGAUGAAGGAGAUGUCUGAUUUCAACGGUAAACCUUUCAGUCCCAAAUCUCUACUCAGCAACGCGGUUUCCAAUGUCAUCUGCUCUGUCAUUUUUGGCAAACGAUACGAUUACAGCGACAAAGAGUUCCAGAAACUUCUCGACUUACUUGGUCAAAGUGUCCAAUUGCUGGGUGCGGGUGGCAUCAUCAAUUUCAUCCCGGCUCUUCGCCACCUGCCUUUCGUACCAACUGACAAGUUGAUGUCAAAUUUUGAAGAGCUUCGGAAAUUCCUCCGAAACAUCGUCGACAACCAUCGUGAAGCUUUCGAUGCCGACAGUCUAAAUGACUUUAUCGAUGUUUUUCUGAAUGAAAUAAAUCGGGCCAAAGACUCGACCAGUGUAAGACAUAGCAAUUUUACCGAUAAGGGUGUUGUUGGUACCACAGCAAAUCUCUUCGCAGCAGGUUCCGAGACCACCGCUACUACGCUCCAGUGGGCCAUCUUGUAUAUGGCUGUCUACCCCGAGAUCCAACAGCGAGUUCAGACCGAGAUCGAUGACGUGGUUGGCCGCAAUCGCCUGCCCAGGAUGACCGACAAACCGGAACUGAACUUCACCCGAGCGGUUAUCUGGGAAGUUCAACGACUGACUAUUGUUGUUCCUUUGGGUGUUGCACACGCUGCCACCUCCGAUACCCAGUUGAGGGGUUUCAAGAUUCCCAAGGGUGCCUUGCUGGUUUCAAACCUAUGGGCGGUCGCUCGAGACCCAAAUGUCUGGCCAGAACCUAAUCAAUUCAAACCCGAGAGAUUCCUAAACGACAAGGGAGAGGCUGUUCAAGCAGACGAGUUAAUACCGUUUAGCGUCGGUCGCCGUAGCUGCAUCGGGGAGAACCUGGCGAAGAUGGAGCUGGUGAUCUUCUUCAGCUACUUCAUGCAUCAGUUUACCUUCAAGAAACCAGACGACUCACCACCGCUGUCUCUGAAGGGAAGAGUCGGUCUAACUUACUCGCCCGAAGAAUUCCAAAUCUGUGCAACUAAGCGCAAGUAACCAAAACAGGACGCUAGAGCUCACGUCUCAUUGCUUCGUGACACGAAAUUAGGGUUUCCGUAGUUAUAUAAUUAUGUACUGCGACGGACUGCUCUAAGAAGUAUUUGUCAGCGAUCCUGAUGCCUAUACUUUGACCAUAUUUUGACUUCGCUGUAGUGACAGUUUGAAUCACACGGUAAUAACCGUCAUAUCAGGAAGUCAGUGAAUUCACCUAUAAGAGCAUAAAUAUG